CUUCAUUAAAGUGCUGUACUUGGGGCGCCAUCGUAAUUGAAAGUUGAAACUUGCAAACGCAAGUGCAGGUAGAAUUUCUCAAAGAAACCCAUGUGGCAGAUCGUAAUUGGCAAACGUGACACAGCAAAAGUCUUGUAUUACAAUUUAAGUGUGAUGCAAAGUUUGGUAUAAAAGGAAGCAACUUUGGGCAGCUGCUCGGAAACUUGCUGAUGAUAAGAAUCGAACCGUUGUGGUGUGAGUUGGAAAAGAACAUUUCGCCUUUAAGAACACCUCGCAAGUUUCAGUAAAGAAAGCAAGGAAGGAAGAUAAUGUGAUUGUGAUGGGCAAUAUUAUGUUCUUCCCAAAAUUUAUCAAAAAGAGUAUCGGUAGUAGUAAUAGUAGGGGUGUCUCUGGUUCCAUCUCUUCUGCCAACAGUAGCAGCGAGCUUAGACACAGAGGAUCAGAACCACCACCAAUAAUCACAAGAAGAGGACUACCACCACCAGCACCAACUGCUCGUAACCGGCCCUUUUCUUCUUCAUCUUCGUCUUUCUCCUCAACUUCUUCUUCCCACCUACCACGGCCCACUUCAGUUAAUAUUGGUACCAAAGUUUCUAUGGACAGUAGUAGUGGCAGUAACAGUAGCACCAUUAAAAGCAGCAAGAAGUAUGAGUACAUCCCAGAUAAUUUCUCAUCUCUUGAUCAGGUCACAGAAGCUUUGAGAGAAUCAGGUCUAGAGUCAUCCAAUUUGAUUCUCGGGAUAGAUUUCACUAAAAGCAAUGAAUGGACAGUUUUGGAGAAGCAUAAUGUGUGGGAUGAGCAAACAAAGGAGCUUAGAUUGGGAAUGGUCUUUGAAACAAAGAACGACGUUCAACGAGCCAUCAAGCUUUAGUCGAUCAAGUACAACAGGGAGUACAUAGUGCAGGAAAAUAAACCAACCACCUGGUAUGUUCGCUGCAAGUCCCACAUUGCCUCUCUACUAUAUAAUUGGCAGCUCAGAGCCGCUUUGAGAUACAUACAUACAUUUGUGAAGGAGCACACAUAUGUGCGAGUUUUGAAUACCAAUGAUCAUCGAUAGUUGAGUUCGGAACUCAUAACAGAGCACAUAAUACACCACGUUGAGAAUAACCCAUUUUAUGCCAUCAAGAAAAUACAGACGACUAUUAAGCCUUUUGAUACAAAUGUUUCGUACAAAAAAGUAUAGUAUACUAAGCGACGUGCGGUUGCUAUUGUGUAUAGUGAUUGACCAACUUUUAUAACCGCGCUACCUCUAUACAUGCAGAAGUUGGUAAAAGCCAAUCCAAAAAUAGUUGUCGAGUGGGAGUACCAUUGGCAAAGCAUUGCUAGAUGCACAAUCUUUUAUUACGUGUUUUGGACAUUUGGUCCGGUGAUCGAGUCAUUUCAAUACUUUAAACC